GCCAUCAAAACAGACUCUAUAUCUUCUUUCUUCAACAACAAUCAUCAAUCACCGCCAAAUUAUGACAGGCCACUUGUAUCUUUUGGAAGACGAUUCCGAUCAGCAGUUAUCCUCUGAAUUCUCCGCCGCCGCCGCAGAUAUUCAUAUUGUCACCGCCGGCGGAAUCCGCAUCCCUGCACACCGCAGCAUCCUGGCAUCGGCUUCACCUGUGCUUGAAAACAUCAUAGAUCGGCCGAAUAAGAAGAAUCAUAAGAGUUCUGAAAGAACAAUUCCGAUAUUAGGCGUCCCUAGCGAAGCUGUGGCCGUAUUCGUUCGAUUUCUCUACUCAUCCAAAUGCACAGAAGAAGAGAUGGACUUGUACGGAUUUCAUUUGUUGACUCUGUCUCAUGCGUUCGCCGUUCCACAGCUGAAGCAACGAUGUGCGAAAGCAUUGAUUCAACAGCUUAAGAUCAGUAACGUGAUCGACAUGCUUCAGCUCGCUAGACUCUGUGAUGCAUCCGAACUUUACUUUCGUAGUAUGAAACUUGUUUCAACGAAGAUAAAGCUUGUGGAGAAAACUGAGGGAUGGAAGUUUGUUCAAAAGAAUGAUCCUUGGUUGGAGCUUGAGAUUCUUCAAUUCAUCGACGAUAUUGAAUCGAGGAAGAAAAGAACAAGAAGGCAAAAGGAAGAGAGGAGCUUGUAUUUACAGCUGAGUGAAGCAAUGGAGUGUUUAGAGCACAUCUGCACAGAAGGGUGUACAAACAUUGGGCCUUACGACAUGGAGCCGGGGAAGAAGAAGAAGGUUCCAUGUCAGAAGUUCGCAACGUGUAAAGGUUUAGAACUCUUGUUCAGGCAUUUCGCUACUUGUAAAAGGAGAGUUAACAAUGGGUGUGAUAGAUGCAAGCGUAUGUGGCAGCUUCUUCGACUACAUUCAUCCAUCUGCGACAAUCCUGAUCUUUGUAAAGUCCCACUUUGCAGGCAAUUCAAGUUGAAAGGGCAGCAGAAAAGGAAAGGGGAGGAUGAAGGAAGAUGGAAGGUAUUGGUGAGAAAAGUUGCAGUAGCAAAAGCUAUGUCUUUUCUCUCUUUUCACAAAAGAUUAAGGAAUGGUGGCCUAGAGCUAAAACCUUCAAAGAAGGAAUCAUGUUUAUAGACUAUAGAUUAUGAUGAUGAUGAUAAAUGGUGGGUGUGUAAUGUUUCAUUCAAGGGCAGCUUGAUUUUGUUUUUUUUAUUAAGAUGGCUUAAGAAUGAUUUUGGUAGGGGACUCAAAUCACUCAUUUUGAUCUUUCUUUGGGAGAGAAAGAGAAGUGAGAAGAUGUAGUCCAAGUUUAGUAAUUAAAAAGUUUGUUAGUGCUUGUUGUAUUAAUUUUGUUCCUUAUUAAUUAUGUUAAUGGAAUAUUUUUUAUAUUUAAAAGUUUAUUUGAUAAUUAUGGUAUU